AUGAUGGAGAGGGCCAGGAGGGAAGCUCCUCCCAAUAUCACAAUUGGAGAGCUUCACUCGCUACUGGAGGCCACCUUUGGUAGUCAGUGGACGCAAGAUGAAGAAGACGAGCUCGAUAGAGCUAUGAACGAUGACCCGGUCGUCGCCGCGUUACUGGAUCUCAGUACCGGCAGACACGGGGGUCUUUGGAAGGCGACGCUGUAUUCCGUGCGAGAGACACCUGAUCGCCGGAUGUCGGCGCCCCUGCGAGUUAGCACUCGUCAGCACAAGGCGCUGCCUCAACACGGCAACAUGCGUAAUCCGAACAUGAACCAGAUGUACUGCACCCAUCUGAUCCUUCUUGUCAGCCAUCCCAUUUGGGAGAGGGACAUUCAAGCUCUACGACAGACUAUCGCGUUUGCCGUCGCCUGCCAGACCAAAGACCAACGACCUUGGAACUUUGAGAACAUGGUGGGAGGCUCGGUCCUCGCAGAGUUUGGACGACAGGCCCCGGCCUCGGAUGGUUCUCGAACGAUUGCUUCGCUGUUUCGUCAGGUCAGCAAUGCGGCCGUGGGAGAGAAACCGCCGCUAGUCCUGCUCAUGGACGAGUUGGCGGGUGACGGGGACGACGACGUCGAAGAAGGGGACUUUGAUGAUGAAGCCGAGGUAGAGUACGAGGUGCAGCUCCGCCACUCGGCGAGCGUCAUCAAGGUUCUCGACAUCCUCGUGCCCAGAUUCAAAUCGUCUCACACUACGAGCGACUGGCCUGCAAAGCAAGGACUGGCCAACGGGCCUCCCGAGUCGUUGUCUAUCCCGCCGACACGUUUCAGCGAAGAACAUGCCGUCGAAGUCCCCGAGAACCCUCCCCCAACACAACACCCGCAGACCGAACGGAUGAGGACUGUGGAGCCCAUAGAGCGCUUGCCGCCACGCCAGGGUUCUCUCCAUCUCCAGACUCCAGCGCGAACGGCCAUCCCGCCCGAGGAGGCGUCCAUCGCGGCGGCUGCGCCUGCUGCGAGGCCUGCGAAGCGGAAGGCUGCGUCUUCUGUGAGGCCUGCGAGGCCCCCGAAGCGAGCUUACAAGAAGAAGUACACCGCGACGAACAGGACUGUCGCAGCACGGCUGGUGGCUGGUCCGAACGCCGAGUCGCACGAGUCGCACGAGUCGCACGAGUCGAAUGACUUGGGCGACUCGGGCGACUCAGGUGACUCGAUGGGCUCCCCAGCCGAUGUGCCUGAGAGCGAGGAGGGUAGUUGGCUUUCGUCUCUCGGUGCUGAAGUGCUACAAGCUGCCCAGUCUGCUGCUAGGGCUGCGGCUGAAGUGUCUACAAGCGUUGGAACGGGAGAAGCGCGGUAUCCGGCAUCGUCCUUCUCCGAUAGCUCACCCCCCGUGACUGCUAUGCCGGAACGGAUGCGCUUCCAGUAUACGGGAGGACAGCAGGUAUCGGAACUGGGCAGAGAUCAGAUACCCAACCACCGUGACUUGAUGGCGUUUUUCAAUCCUGCCCAGCAUGAUUAUAUGGCGGUGUUGCUAGCAGACCCUCAAUCCAAUUUUUUUUUAUUUUAG